AGCAUAGUGGGUAUUAGUGGGGCUUGGUCUUCGCCGGCUGCAGAGGAUUACCCAAUCCCGAGCGCCUUUGGUGUCUGCUCUGUCUCUUCCUAUAAAAAAUUCAAAUCCCAUAAACACGACUGCCCCUGUGAAACAUGCGUUCCUCGUUUUUGCACUUACUUAUGCCGCUCCCUGGGAAUACCUUGUGAUGACUUGAGCUACAGUGUUUGCAGGGAUAGGAUUAACUACUUGAAGAGAUACGUUCUGAACGAUAUUCCUUCCUGCUCAGAUCUCCUCACUUCAGACAACCUCUUUGCGCUCUCAUCACUCGGCUACAAUAUGAGCAGACUGCAGAUUCCCUCUUUUGGCAGGAGGAAAAAUACUCCCCCAGUCAUUCCUGCUGCUGGGGCGACCUCCUCUCCAGCGUCGGCUUCUUCUUCAGCCACCAUAUCUGACACUGUCCCGAGCGCAGUGGCUACUAACCCUGCUGCCAGCGCCCCUGCGGCCAACCAGAACGCGCCCUCCCCAGCUACCAUAGCUCCUGCUGCUGCGGGGGGCGGUCGGGACAAAGAGCGAGGCAAAAGGCCUCAUCCUGACAGUGAGAUCGACCCUGAGGAGGAGCCUCUUAUUAGAAGGACCCGAGUCUCUGGGCCGGGUACUCUCUUGCACCGAGCGAUCAGAGCUCCUUCUCACUCUGGGCCUCCUGCAGCUGGUGGCUCUGCUUCUGCUUCAGGCCCCCCUUCUAUCCCCAGCUUGCCGCCAUGGGCCCCUCGGUACACUCGAACGGAUGGGACGUUCGUGAAACCGAACGAGACCAUGCUGAAGGAUGGCCAGACCGCUAUGGCCUACUACAGGAGCAUGUGGACUCCGAAGGACAUUGAGGCGGCAAAGGGCCUUUCCCAGAAGGACGUGUUCAGUCGCUUUCCCCAAUCUGCUAUGGAGACAUUGUUUGGGAUGAUGGCCAUGCAGAAGCAGGUGGAAAUGGGGAACGCCAGGGCCCGAAAGUAUUCUGACAGCCUGGAGGUGGCUAAUAAAGAGAACGACCUCCUUGCCAUGAAGAAUACCGAGGUGCUGGUUCGGCUUGACAAAGCCGAGCAAGAGAGAGAUGUCCUGAAAAAGGAGAAUGAUUCCCUUCAGGAUGAGAAGGACGCCCUCCAGCUCGAGAAGAGCGUCUGGCAGACUGAGCAGGAAUCACUCAGAGAAGAGAAGGCAGAACUCCAACGUCUUCUAGCUGAUGAACAGUCUGCUCGGAUGGCUUUUGAAAAAAGAGCUCUGGACGAGCGUACCGCUCUGAUCGACGCUAUCAGCAGAGUGGGUGGUGGGAUGCUGGCCCUUCAUGCUCGGUUCUCCAGGGUCGGUGCUCUUCGGUAUGCUCAAGGAUUCCGGGAAGGCUUCGCCGACCGGGUUCCGGAUGAGGGACAGACCAGCUCCACUCCGGAUGAGGUAGACAAGGAUCUGGGGAUCGAGCCUCUGGGGGUCUAUGUCGACCCAGAACCCACCGAAGCGGAGCGUAUAUUUGAUGAGUGCCAGGACAUCGCAUCCUCAAGGAUCAUCACAGCUCCUCCUACCGCUCUGCCACUGACCGCUCCCCAUUCGUCAACCGUGGCUCCCUCUGUAGCCACUGCUGACGCUGAACCCCAGCCGAACGACUCAGUUAUUCACCUGGAUUCCCCACCUCAUGAAGGUGAGGUGGCUGAUGGGGCCGAGGAGAUUGAAGUCAAGAAUGCUAAAGAAUCCCUUUCAAGCUGCCAGCUUGCUCUUGAUAAUGCACCAGAUGAUUCCUCAUUGAGAGCCCAAGAAAAGCAACUGCUAUCAACAUACAAAAAUCUUAAACUCAUAGAAGAGAAGCUUUGUAGGCAGAAAUUAAAAGUGUUAUGGCUUAAAGAUGGCGACUCCAAUACCUCAAGAUUCAACAGGAAUAAGAUUUCAUCCAUUUCCACUACCAAUGGUGUACUACUUGACACUAAAUCAGCCUUCAAGAAUGAAAUUGUCUCCCACUUUCAUGCUUGCGUUGGUAUGAAUCCAUAUAUCUCCCCAGCAAUGUAUGUUCUCUCUCAGUGUGAUAAAGCCUCGGGGCCUGAUGGUUAUAAUGUUUUCUUCUUUAAGAAAGCAUGGGCAAUCAUUGGGCAUGAUGUUACACAGGUCUUCUCACUCAUCAUCAACAAGGCAUCCUAUCAUUGGAGAUGCAAUUCGGGUUUUUACAGCAACUCAAUUUCAAAAUUGGCUCUAGCAUCACUGGUUUAUAGUAUUUGGAUAGAGCGUAAUCGGAGAAUUUUUAAGAAAAAAUCACUCACCCAAAAUUCAUCGCUUCACCAAACGCUAGAGACAAUCAGAUUGAAACUCAUAUCUACAACCAUCUCCAAUUCUGUGAAUGCCAGACGUGUCAUAGAUGAAUGGGAGCAUCCUCCCUCAGCUAUCAGACCACCGGCCAAUCUUCCUGAUCAACGGAUUCGAGGAGAGAGCAUCUUCUCCAUAGACAUUACUUUGUGUUGUGUCUGUUGGGAAAUGUGCUAG